AUGUGGAGAGAGAUGAAGCGGUCGGAGGGGGCGUACAUCUCUGUAGUCGCUCAUGGCUGGAAGGCUGGCAGAGGAGCCCCAGAGAUUUCUGCGUGUCACUGGGCUUUCGGGGGCUUCACCACACUCGAUGUUACAGCUGUCAGCUCCUGGCAUCCACGGCUCAAACAGAACAAGCAGAAAAAGGGAAUAGUGGAACACGAAAUAAGCAAAGUGGAAGAAUGGUGUGACACAGACGGACAGCCAGAGGGACCAGUCACUGCUGACCGCUCAGAGGAAGACCAUGGCCACGUGUCUUCUUUCCUUGGCUUCCUUCUCUCCCUCCUUUAUCCCUCUGAUGCCCAGACCAUCAUUGUCUCUCCUUCCCUCUCCCUCUUAAACCUCCAUGAUAAUUCUACACCUCAGCCAACCAGGCAGAGUCCUAGAUUCUGGCCUUCUCUGCCUCCCAGAGGGCGCAGCGAUGUGCCUAUCAGAGCCACGGCCCGGGAUAGAGUGACAAUUACGACUGCAGUGACUCAGGGGCAGAGAACAUCCCGUCCUUCUGCACAGUCCACUUCCUCUUUUAUAGCUGCCCUUUCUACACAGAACCUCAGCAGCGGACCAGUUCUAACUCAAACAACUGCCUCCAGGCCUAGAACUGAUACAGCUAGGUUAGCAAUGAGCACUGCUGUAGCUAAAGGAGUUGCUACUACUAAAGGCUCAGUUCCACCUGUGCCCACUUUGCCCACCUCUGCUGUCAUUGAGUCUGCAGGUGUAAAAUCUGUCACUGCAGGAAAAUCACAGAAAGAAUCUGUCAAAGAUACAGGGGAUGAUGAGUCGCAGGAUUUGGGAUCAGGUAGUAAUGUCACAGUUACUGAGGAGUCACCGAUUCCUCCGCCAACAGCUGAUGAUGGAAUGGCACAGUAUCGACCAGACGCACAGACUGCAGUAUCUCAAGUUUCUGAUGUAAAAAUGCCGGCACCGGACAGCCAGACUGUGAAGCCUCGCCUGUUUAAGCUGACAACAGCCAAUCAAACCUCUACCACACCACGAACUGAGACCAGAGCCACACUGUCCCCUUUGGUGACCAAGCCCACACCUCGGACAGGAGUGUUAACAGGUGAGCUGACGGCAAACACUCCUCCCACUACCCGGGUUCCUCCAAAGCAGGACUCACCUGCUGAGACAUCACUCCAAACAACGACUACAACAACUCGCUCUGUCGAUAAACCAAAACAGAAAGCAGGACAGCCAGUCACUGCCACAACACAGCAAUCGACGACCACAUCUACAGCCAGGCAGUUACCCACUACACAAGAGGCUGUGAUAACAACCCUCAAAAGUACAAAUCAACCUAACAAAACAGCACAACAUGGGAGAAGUAGAACCAGCACAACUAUACAGUCAUCAAAGACAGGGAACUCUUCCAUCCUUGCCACUGGUGCUGCACCCGUUGCUCAAACAAGGUUAAGCCCCACAUAUCAGACUGGUGUCAUUCAGAAGAACCGCUCCAUUCUCCUAGGACAUCCUCACCAAGCUCCACACUCCACUUUGAAUCCAACCCCCACUCCUGGUGCCAGCCCCUCACCCAGUGCCACACUUCUAUACUGGGGGGACCUGAGUAGAACUCUGGCUUUUGCUUGGGAGCUGCAUGUCUAUGGCUCUGCAAGCCUUUUCCUUCUCAUGUUUGCCGGAGCUGCUCUUGGCCUCACUCUGUCCCCUGGUGCAAACUGUCCCCAUCGGGGGGCUCUUGCACUUGCCAAUGCUCUGUUGUUUCUGGCUGGAGGCCUGAGGGCUGCUUUGUUUCUAAUCGAUCCCUAUGGCACCAGAAAAUUCCUCCCUCGUCCUGCAGUUACAGCCCUCUACAACUUGCCUCUACACCUGCUUGUGUGGACACAGGCUGCCCUGGCGCUGCUUGCAAUGAGGGUGAAAGGAGUAAGUGUGUUACCUUCAACCUUGGAGCGUCCUCCUCUUGUGGCUGUGUUAGCUGUGUUACAGUGUACCCUGCUUCUGGCAGCCGAUCUGCUUUCCCCAGCCCUGUCCCCCUUGGUACCUGUCACCCUUCAGGUCCUCUCACUGUGCUGGGGUCUGAUUAUCUGUCUGGGCUUCCUCUGCUACAUCUUUCCACGUUUACGCUGUCCUCUAAAUCCUUACCCUGGAGCCCCUGAAGACACUCGGAGGAAGGCUUGGACAGGGAGAAGGUGGAUGGGAGUGAGCCUCGGGAGAGUGCUUGCAGUAUGUGCAGUUCUUGGGGCACUGUGCUGUGGGCUGCAUGUACACGCUACCCUGUGGCUCUAUGGACUACUAGGGAACUGGACAAGCUUCAACUGGGGAUGGUGGCUGGUGCACUUCUGGGCUCGUCUCCUUGAGCUUGCCUGGGGGUUAUCCCUCCUUGUCUUGGGUUCAUGGGUGUUCUGGAGACCUCAAGGAUGCAGAGGAGGAGAGGAGAGUGGACCAGAUGGAAGGACAGCAGGAGACCUGCCAUCCCCUGGCCAAUCUGUUGGCUCCAAUCAAAGACAUACUUGCUGGUCCAAGAUUGUCCAGAGCCUGAGGGGGAAGCCCUGCAGAAAGUCUGACAGUAAUGGGGUGGGAGGGGGUGUAGGAGGAGGAGGAGGAGGACCUGGUGAGGUUCCGAACAACUGGGCUGGCCAGGAGCGUCCUGGAGCUGAUAUCAGCAAGAGUCUGAUCAGGAAUCAAAACCACGAGCAGGCUACUGCUCAGCCACGCUGCGUCAAAGAUAGCAACAGAGGACGCAACCACAGGGGCCACUCUGCAGAAAGAGGCAUAUCUGAUGGCUCCACGGGUUCCCUGCUGAGACUGCAGGCAUUUGGACGGCCUCCUCAGCGCUCAGUGAGCGGCAGCCUGGAUCAGGACAGAGACACUUCAUUGUCAUUCUAUGAGUUUGAUCUAAGGCCGCCAUCUCCCAUUGACCUGACCCGCAGCAUAGACGAAGCACUGCACCGGGAGCACCUGCUUGAAGGAGGGAGCUUGUUUCAUCCUUUAAACCAUACCUCACAGUCCCCCUCCCCGGGUUCAGGGAUCAGCCAGGGGCCCUGGCUCCGUAGGAACAGUGAUCCUCAGCUGCUAUCUGAGAGCAGUGAUGCCCAAACAGAGUCUUCCAUGCCAUUGGGGGGCAGCGUUCUUAGCAGUGUUCCCAGCAGACAAGUGACUGCUCCCCCAACACCCUCCCACCAGGGUCACAGGUGGGCUGGGAAUGCUUUAGGAAGUGUCCCAUCAUCAGUGUCCUCUGUGUCCCUUCACCCCUCCAGAACAUCAACAGGUCAUCUGGAGGAUGGAGUGGAUGACACUCGGCCGUUCAUCACCCCAGACUCAGAGAGGGCACGAGGGAGAGCCGGGAAGCCUGUGGGGUCACGUAGUUACCUGGAGGUCAGCAGACAUGACGACUCUGCUAGUGUCAGCAGUGAAAUAAUUGACCUUUAAACCAAACCUGGGACCAAUGACUACACAUCAAACACCCCCAUUCAGAAAUACUGUUCCUAACAAAGAUUUUCUUCAACAAAUACUGGGAUUUUUUCCAUUAAACUGUCUGAAAAUUAAUUAUUUUUAGAAGAAGGAAAUACUUUGAAGUGUCUCUGAGUGAUAACCUUCUUGGAUAUCACUUAGCUGCCUUUUACCUUGUUGAAGGGUCGUGUUUAUGGAACAGGUAUGGUAUACUUUUACUCCAGGAGUAAAAAUAGGCGCUAUAGCACAGGUAAACAAAACACAAAUCUCAUAACUCUUUCCGUCUCACUCGCACACACACAUUAUUUCCCUGCAUUUCUAUGUCUUGUUGUUCUUUCACAUUCAAAUGCAUUACAUAAGUAACACUCUUACAUGUCAUUUUUAGAUCUACAACUCCCCUGUCUGUGAACAGCACCAGAGUCUCAUUAAGUUUGAUGGCUAAAAGCCAAGAGUGGCUCGAAGCCUCCCCUUUCUAUCGUUUCUGUGAAAAAAAUAUAUUUGCAUUGCAACAGUUGUGUGAAUUUCAUAGCUUUCUUAGUGUUCCUUUGCUGUCUUCCACAUUUCAAUUAUGUUUGUGAUGUAAACAUGUGCCAUACAGUACAUAAACAUGGUUGUUUCUGUGCUAUUUUUAUGGAUCUGUAAACCCAUUUGUUCGGAUCAACCCUUUAUAGCAUCUUCCCAGUAUCAUAGUGACUCAGCAAAAGAUUAUUCCCUCUAAGCUCCUCACAUGCUGUUCUGUUGUCUGUCCAGUCUGCAUUGUAUGAUAAUGUUAAUCUGGCUACAUGAACACACAGGUAGUGAUCGACAGGCAGACAUGCAGAAACAUGGUUACACUAUGAAAGUGUUAGAGGCAUCUAGCUGUAGCUGAAAUCGACUUCAAAAUGAGCUUUAAGCAUUUACCACUGAGAUUAAAGCAUCACAUUUGUUAUUUGAUGGAAAAAGCUUUUGCAAACAAUAAUUAUACACCAUAAGAGCCUCUGACUGCAUUUCUGUAGAAUUUGACUAAGAAUGUUAAACAUAAUCAUGAUCCUAUCCAUUGCAUUGAGUCAAUUUGGACGUUUGAAUAUGUUAACUAUUGAAAUGCUACACAGCUUUGCAGGGCUGCACUUCACAGGACUGGCUUGGCAUGAACCUCAGAUAUUCUCUAGACCUUACUCAAUAACAGAGCACUUAACAGUAAAGCCUGAGCACUAGACUGAAGUAUUUUACUACUUAAGAGGAAAUAUAUUUCAAUUAUAUGAUGUAUAAGCAACAAUGUAAAUACUGUUAUUUUUGAUGUUCAUGAAUAAAGGUGUAUUUGAAACCUGUGAAAGACAAUCUAAAAAGGUGUUGCUUAUGUUUCUGAGCUGUGCAGUAAGUUACACUAUUUUGACGUCAGAUUGUGGCCUGUUUCAAGGACAAGCAGAGGUGUGGCAGUUCUACUUGACUCCAGGCUGUUUAAAGUAUUUUUAUGAUGCAGGUUGUACAAAAUGAAAAGAUGAUAAUGAAGUUCUGCUGGAUUUUGAUCUCUUUGUGUUUCACUAAAUAUACAAAGGUAUGGAAAAAUACAGACAAACCACCAAACAAGGAACCAUGUGUAGUCUAUUGAUUAAUUUGAAACAGUUUGAAAUCCUUACCUUACUUUUUUAAAAGUUAUGUUCCAAUAUCUUUAAAUUCAUUUUUUAAUUGACUGUUUUGAUUGAAUUUGAUUACACAAAUGUUUUCCUGAGCAUCUGUUGUAAAUGCUCAAUAAUACAUUUAAAGAAGUGACGUUUUUCUAAAAUGGAUAAACAUCAUUUUGGAGUAAACCCUCUUUUAAGCCUCUGUUUCUGAUUAGAGCAGGUCAAUGAUUGGUUUUCCAGUUACUUCAGGGCGACUUGAAGUACGUCCCAGUGGUGUGAGUUGCUUGACUUGUUCAGUAUUUGAGGUACAGUGGCCUUAUGUUGUCUACAUUCCAAUGAACCCAUAAGAUUUCACUGUAAUGAUACACAUCAUUACCUCUUUUCCUUUUUAAACAGGGUGGUUUCACACCCAUGUUGUUCUCUCCUAAACACAACAUACCUAUAUGUGCCAUAGAAAAAUACAAUAUUGUGCCCCCUAGUCGCAGUGCAUCAGUACAGUGUAUAUUGAUAUGUUUAUUAUGCUCAUUGAACUUUUGUUCUUGUAUUUCUUGCUGAGUUUCAUGUCUGGAUUUUAAUAAAAACAGCAAAACCUAA